AUGUCCGAUCCCUCGGAUGCGCCGCUGCCUCAGAUACAGUCUAUUCGUCGAUCUGCUACUCUACCCACCAAACUAAAUCCGCGAAAUCGCCGCACCUCGAAUUCUUUUAAACCGUCCGAGAACGACCUGUUUUUCCAUCCCUCCGCCAAAGUUGUCCACUUCGCCCCUAGGGCCCUUGCGCCAAUCCCCUCGAGCACCGCCCCGUCGGAUUUUGAUUAUCCGGUCGAUACCGUCGAAACACUUCCAUGGAGAUCCCCUACGGAGCGAACGGUGGCCUUUGCGCCACUGCGUCUUGAGAACGUCCACGGCUUGACCGUGUUCUUGAAAUGCGGUAGCGUCGUCCAUGCGAUUCUCAAGAACUCCCAGUGCUGGUGUGUCGACGGCGUCUCGACCUUUGUGUUGCGCAUUCGCCCUCUUACAUAUUACCGCAUAGAGCUGCCAAAUGAGAACAACGAAGAUAGGGAAUUGAUCGCGGGAAUGAAAGAGGCCUUGCCCCAAAUCCUGCGGUAUGAAGUUACCCCGUGUCCUUUCAAGCGCGGAUUUACCGUGCCGAUUCCAGAGGCAGCCAAAGCGCCGAGGCGAAAGAAAAAAGCAUGGAGUCCCAAAGGACGCAGGGAAAGUGCGCCGAUCUAUUUGGGGCUUGCUAAAGAGCAUAGCCCGGUGCGCGAAGACAUUACGAUCGAUUAUUUGAGCGCCGGGGAAGAGACCGACGGGAACACAACGGACGGCAGCGGUUUCACUACGCGAGGUAGUAACAGCACCAUCUUGGAAACCAUUCCGGACGAUAACGAAGCUCAAGAAGGGCCUCGCACCCCCGAGUUGCCCAUCGAAAGUGAACCGCGCGGACUAUCGCCUGCACCGUCUGUUACCGAGUCCUUGGAUGUUCCCCGGCGCUCUGUGGCGGAAACACAGCGGAGCUUCCAAACCUUGCUGGCAAGGUUUGAGGAGAACACCGAAGCACAGGCUGAGCCUGACCAAGCACUUUCUUCAAGUGUCGAUUCAUUCCAUUCCAUCGAGCAUUCUCUACCCCCUUUGCCUGAAACGGAUUUGCAGGCGUAUCUUCAGCCAGAAGUACCCACGGACGAGAACGAGAGCCGGGACCAAGGCUCUAGCGAAGAGAAACCGUCGGAGGACUCUAUCUUUCAAGAGGUUGAUUAUGCCGCAAAGACGAGCUUGCCAAAGAUCGUCUGCCGCGACUGCUCGUCUCCCAGUCCAACAGAGUCUCCAAUGGCUUCAGUUUCCGAGGCUGAACCUGAGCCUAAGCCCGAGCCUGAGCCCUGGUCGAGUGCCGACGUAAAGGCGACUGUGGAGCAUACCGAAGUCGCACCGACCGCAGGUUCCAACCCCAACCUCAGCAGCAUGAGUGUUGAAUUCCGUCGGCGGUCAAAGGCCUCUCGCGAUCGGGAGGUCUCACCCAUGCCUCCGCCGUCUACGUUGGCUCUUGCUCAUCCCCCGGAGAAGUACGACGCAGCCUCCAUCAUCCAAAAGACCUGCAAGCUUGUCCUGGUGCCUCCAAUUCAGCUGUUUGUGGUGCUCAUUCACAUUGCCGCUCGCAUCGUCAUCGGGCCAACUCCAAGCUCAGACGUGCAUGCCACCAAAUCGCAGGAGACGAUGGAUGACUACGACUUGCCUCUCGCACGCGACAACUUCAGGAAGCGGUCCGUGUCAGAGGAGAUCCGAAAGUUCGAUCCUUGGGAAUUGGACUGA